AUGAUUCAUUCUCUAAUGGUUUCCAAAUCCAUUCAAUUCUUCCUUCUUCUUUGUUCUCUUGCUUCUCUUUCAGAGGUUGCCUUUGCCGACCCUCCAUAUGAAAUUUGUUCCACAAGCAGCAACUACGAAAAUGGAAGUUCCUUUCAAAACAAUCUAAACAAUCUCCUCUUCUCUUUACCCUCCAAUGCUUCAAUCUCCAAAUCCUAUAAUACUUCUUUUGGGGUUGCCUCAGAUAGAGUAUAUGGCCUCUACAUGUGCCUCGACUAUGUUUCAAAUGAAACUUGCAAGAAUUGCUUAGCCACGGCAAUAGAGGACAUCGUCAAACUCUGCCCUCAAGCAGAAGAAGCAGUUGUAUGGGAGGAGGUAUGCCAAUUACGUUAUUCCAAUAACAAUUUCAUGGGUAGGUUGAAUGUCACAGGUAACAUUGGCAAAGAUAAUCAACAGAAUAUUUCAGAACCAGAGAAAUUCCAAUAUGCUGUGAAUAAGAUAUUGAGUAAUAUCACUGAUAUGGCAUCUUUUAAUGUUUCGGCAAACAUGUAUGCUACUGGAGAAGUCCCUUUUGAAGAUAAAAUCAUAUAUGCCUUAGUGCAGUGCAGCAGAGAUUUAUCAGCCAAUGAUUGCAAUAGUUGCCUGCAAAGUGCCAUAAAAGAUAUACCAGGUUGUUGCUAUGGCUCCAUCGGUGCAAGAGUUCUGAGUCGUAGCUGUUAUUUGAGAUAUGAGUUUUAUCCGUUUUAUCUUGGUGCAUCAGAAACCACACCACAGGUUCUUCAUCCGGCAGUUACCAAAGAAGUAAGCAUUUCAAGUCACUUCAAUUCAAGCAAGAUAUGGAUGAUUACAGGCAUUAUAGUUGUGGUGGGCUUGGCGACAAUAUUUUCCAUUUGCUGCGUAUACUUUUUCAGGAAUAAAAGGAAUAAGCAAAAAAGAAAUGACAAAAUAUAUGAGAACCUCCCUUAUAUUGAUCUUGAUUCUCUUUGUGUGGCUACUCAAAAUUUUUCUGAUUUAAAUAAGCUUGGACAAGGUGGCUUUGGUCCUGUUUACAAGGGUAUACUUGUUAAUGGCCGGGAAGUAGCAAUCAAGAGGCUCUCAACUUGCUCUGUGCAGGGAUCAGAGGAAUUCAUAAACGAGGUUCAGCUGAUAAAUAAACUUCAACACAAAAAUAUUGUAAAGCUUCUGGGAUUUUGUGUAGAUGGAGAAGAGAAGCUUCUUGUUUAUGAAUUUUUGCCGAAUGGUAGCCUUGAAGAUGUCCUUUUUGAGCAACGUGCACGGCUGGAUUGGACCAAACGCCUCGAUAUAAUAAGUGGAAUAGCAAAGGGGAUUCUUUAUCUUCAUGAAGAUUCUCGACUUAAAAUAAUUCAUAGAGAUCUAAAAGCAAGUAAUGUGUUGUUGGACCAUGACAUGAAUCCAAAAAUCUCAGACUUUGGAAUGGCAAGGAUAUUUGCUGGAAGUGAAGGUGAAGCUAACACUGUUACAUUAGUUGGCACAUAUGGAUAUAUGGCUCCAGAAUAUGCAAUGGAGGGAUUAUAUUCCAUAAAAUCUGAUGUGUUCGGCUUUGGAGUACUAUUACUUGAGAUCAUUACGGGGACACGUAAUGCGGGUUUCGAUCACUCUAGAAGCAAUCCCAGCCUUCUAUCAUACGCAUGGCAUCUAUGGAAUGAGGGAAAGGGGACGGAGUUAAAGGAUCCUUUGUUAUUGGAUUCAUGCUCCGAAGAUCAGUUUUUGAGACUCAUGAGUAUUGGACUGCUAUGUGUUCAAGAAGAUGCAUCUGAUAGGCCAACCAUGUCUAGGGUUGUUUUGAUGUUGAGGAAUGAAUCAUCAUCGCUUGGCCAACCAGAACGGCCACCUUUCUCGGUAGGGAGAUUCAGAGCUAAUGAUCUUAAUGACCCACAUUGCCAAGAUUGCUCAGUCAAUUUCUUGACUGUUUCUGAUAUUAUAUUGCCCCGGUGA